UUGCCGCUGCACCGAGCGGAGCGGAGCGGCCGGAGCAGAGAGGGAGCUAGUUGGGUGUCGCCAUGAGCCGCCUGCAGGAGGACGAUGAUCCCUACGUGAUCGAGGAGCCCAGCGAUGAGGAGCCGGGGCAGAGCAGCUCAGAAGAUGAAGUGGAUGUGCUUUUAUAUGGCACUCCCGAUCAGAAGCGCAAACUGAUAAGGGAGUGCCUUACUGGAGAAAGUGAAUCUUCAAGUGAAGAUGAGUUCCAAAAGGAAAUGGAGGCGGAACUAAACUGCACCAUGAAAACUAUGGAGGGCAAGUGGAAGUCACUAGAAACAGGUACUUCCUCAAGUACUGGACAAGCUGGAACAGUCACCACUACAAAGUAUUAUGACGACAUUUAUUUUGACUCUGAUUCGGAGGAUGAAGAUAAAGUAGGUACACAGGCGGCCAGGAAAAAAAAGAGACAUCAGCAGCGCCGGAUUCCUACUAACGAUGAGCUACUCUAUGAUCCAGAAGAAGAUGAUCGAGACCAAGAGUGGGUGGACUCUCAGAGACGAGGGUACCAAAAUAUAAGAAGAACUCAGCAGCAGCAGUCCAAACCUCCAGCCAUUCCAAACAGUGAUGCUGUUUUGAACUGCCCUGCUUGCAUGACUACAUUGUGCUUUGACUGUCAGAGACAUGAAUCCUACAAAACGCAGUACAGAGCAAUGUUUGUGAUGAACUGCUCAGUUAACAAAGAAGAGGUUCUAAAAUACAAAGGCCCAGUGAACAAGAAGAUAAAGAAAGGGCAUAAGAAAAUGAAACACAGCAACGAGAUCACCACUGUGCAAGCAAAUCAGGAAGAGGAGGAAGUAUAUCAUCCAGUCAAAUGUACCGAAUGUUCAACUGAAGUGGCAGUCUUGGAUAAAGAUGAAGUAUUCCAUUUCUUCAAUGUUCUAGCAAGCCACUGUUAAUGUGGAAAAACAGCUGUGCUGUUUAAGACUGUAUGAAAUCUCAAAAAUGUGGACAAUAUUUUAUCCUUUUUAAAAAAAAAAACCCUUUUGUAUCAUUUGAAAAGAUUGAAAGAAUCUUUGUAAAACUUCAUGGAAGAGAUAUAGUUAACUGAUCAUACUUGGAGCAAUAUUCUGUCAGUCCCUCAGAUAAUGAUAAAAGCAUAGACAGUUUAAAUUCAUGUACACAGCAUGCAAUAUUUUUGUGUAUUAGAACCAUUGCUCAUGUACAUAUGCAGUAUGUUGACGUGUGUUAAACUGUUGCUUAGAAUAAAAACGCUGUAAACUAGAGAUCUUCUCCAUACUUGGAUUGAGUGAUUUUAGGGUGCUGAUUGUGUUGAUGUAUUUGGAUACUGACCCCACUAAAGUGUCUAAAUAUGGAUGUUUUUAUUUAUGCACAUUGGUAGGUUUUGUAUUCUUCUUUUUGCUUUGUUCCCUGCACGUCUCAUUUAAGCAAAAAUAUUUAAACUUAGAGUUAAAAAAUCCCUGAGCUUUAAUUAUAGAUUGUAGGUAAGUAAGAUAGGCUUUUUUGUGUUUUCUGUUACAUUUUUUUCCCAUUUGCGGUGACUGAUGGACAUGUCUUAAGAAAAAGAUGUGUAUACAAUCAAUUCUAUUGUCAUGGAAAUAGCUUGUUUAUUUUUCCUCUUUGUUUAGUAGACUGACAAUUUUUUUUUUAUGGCAGCAAUGAAUCGCUUUUCUUAUCUGGUAGUUUGGACUUUUUGUCAACCAGAAGACACAGUCACUGUCAAGUUAAUGGUUGAUCCAUUAAUCUGCUUGACAAAGCAUACUCCCAGAAGCUAGCCUCUUGGUUUUGAUUACCUAAGAGCACUUUUUCUGUUGCUGUGGUUCUCAGUAUUUCUCAGACUUUUCAGAUUGGUGACAACUUAUUCAAAGUAAAAUAUUUUCAUUAUCUCCUUGUAUUUACUUAUGAAAGUGAGAGUAAAAAGUAUCAGUUAUAAGCCUAUAUA